CAGAGAGGGAGUUCAUAGCAUGAUUUCAAUGUUCCUGAGUCUGGACUUGGGCACCACGUCUUGCAUUCAGGAAAAGAGACAGGGGCCAGACAUAGCGAGACACAAAAAGGGAAGCGACCCCUCGACCCGCGCGAGGGGCCCACACGCACGAUGACCGAGACCACCAAGACCCACGUUAUCUUGCUGGCCUGCGGCAGCUUCAAUCCCAUCACCAAAGGGCACAUUCAGAUGUUCGAAAGAGCCAGGGAUUUUCUGCACAAGACUGGCAGGUUUAUUGUGAUCGGCGGGAUUGUCUCUCCGGUCCACGAUUCCUACGGAAAACAGGGCCUUGUGUCAAGCCGGCAUCGUCUCAUCAUGUGUCAGCUGGCAGUCCAGAAUUCCGACUGGAUCAGGGUAGACCCAUGGGAGUGCUAUCAGGACACCUGGCAGACGACCUGCAGCGUGUUGGAGCAUCAUCGGGACCUCAUGAAGCGAGUGACUGGCUGCAUCCUCUCCAAUGUCAACACACCUUCCAUGACGCCUGUGAUUGGACAGCCCCAGCACGAGAACCCCCAGCCCAUUUACCAGAACAGCAACGUGCCCGCCAAGCCCACUGCAGCCAAGAUCUUGGGGAAAGUGGGCGAGAGCCUCAGCCGGAUCUGCUGUGUCCGCCCGCCGGUGGAGCGCUUCACCUUCGUGGAUGAGAACGCCAACCUGGGCACAGUGAUGCGGUACGAGGAGAUCGAGCUGCGGAUCUUGCUGCUGUGUGGCAGCGACCUGCUGGAGUCCUUCUGUAUCCCGGGGCUCUGGAACGAGGCAGACAUGGAGGUGAUUGUUGGGGACUUUGGGAUCGUGGUGGUGCCCCGAGAAGCAGCUGACACAGACCAAAUCAUGAACCAUUCCUCAAUCCUCCGCAAAUACAAAAACAACAUCAUGGUGGUGAAGGAUGACAUCAACCAUCCCAUGUCUGUUGUCAGUUCAACCAAGAGCAGGCUGGCCCUGCAGCAUGGGGAUGGUCAUGUUGUGGAUUACCUGUCUCAGCCCGUCAUCGACUACAUCCUCAAGAGCCAGCUGUACAUCAGCACCUCUGGCUAGCAGCUGCCGAACCCUCCGCCCCACUCUCCCCACGCCCUUCAGUCUGUCAGCCUGUUUCUCUCCUGCCUCUCUGUUUCUCCAACUCUUCAUCCUGACUCUUCUCCCCACUUGCUGACUUACCCUCCACAGUGUGGGGGGCCUGCAGAGAACCGCGGCAUACUCGAGCCCACAGUCAUCUUUGGACAAACUUUCCUCUAGUCUCUGGGUUCCGGUGGGUGAGGGAAUACAGGUGGGGGGGCCUUGGGGAAAGUACAGUCCUUGGAGAUGUACCGGUGUCCGUCUCCCAGCAUGCUCUAGAGAGGCGGCUCUGGUGCCCAUCCUCCCAGCAUGCUCUGGGGAGGCGGCUCAGGCACUCGCCUUCCCAGCAUGCCCUUUACCACAAAGGGCUAUUUUUCUUUUUCUUUCCCCCCCACUCCUAGACCUUAGAUGAAAUCCGUGUCCAUGGUUC